AUGACUGUCCCCUUUACCAUUACUAUCAUCAUUACCAUCACCGUUACUGAUACCGUCACCAUUACAUUCACCGUUAUCGUUAUCGUCACUAUGACCGUCAUCGUUAUCGUUACCGUUACCGUUACCGUUAUUGUUACCAUCACUGUUACCGUUACUACCAUCGUUACCAUCAUUGUUACCGUUACUAUCACCAUUAUCGUCACUACUACUAUCAAUGUCAUCAUUACCAUUACCAUCACUGUUGCUGUUACCGUCACUGUCACUGUUAUCAUUACCAACACCGUUAUCGUUAUCGUUAUUGUUACCAUUAUUACUACCAUCUUCGAUAUAGGUUUCGUCACCGUUACCAUUACUGUUACCAUAUUUGAUACUGUUAUUGUCACCGUCAUCAUAAUUCUUACUAUCACCGUCACCAUUACAAUUACUAUUAUUGUCACCAUGACUGUUACGAUUAUCGUUACCUUAACCAUAACCGUUAAAGUGACCGUUACAGUGAAAGUUAUAAUUAUCGUCACCAUGACUGUAACCGUUAUCAUUAUCGUCACCGUCACCAUUACCGUUACCAUUACUGUCACAGUCAUCAUUACCGUUACCGUCACCGUAACUGUUACUGUUACCAUCACCGUUAUCGUAAUCAUUACUGUCACCAUUACCAUCACCAUCCCCGUUACUGUUCCCAUCAUCAUUACCGUCACCGUUAUCGUUAUUGUUAGUGUCACCGUUACCUUUACCUUUAUCGUUACCGCUAUUUUUACGGUCACCGUUAUAGUUACUGUUAUUGUAAUCGUUACCGUUACCAUUACCAUGACCAUUUUCAUCAUUGUUACUGUGACCAUUAUCGUGAUCGUGACCGUUACCAUCACCAUUAUUGUAACCAUCACUAUUACCAUUACAGUCAUCGUUACCAUGAUCGUGACCAUUACCGUGACUGUCACCGUCAUCAUUACCAUUACCGUUACCAUUACUACUAUCGUCACCUUUAUCAUCUCCAUUAUAUUCACCAUUACUGUCACUGUUAUCGUCAUUGUUAUCGAUACUGUUACCAUCACCGUCACCUUUACUGUCAUCGUUACCAUAAGAGUCACUGUUAUCAUCAACGUUACCAUCACCGUUACCAUUACCAUGACCUUCACCAUCACCGUUAACAUCAUCAUGACAAUUAUCACCACCCUUACCGUUGCCAUCAUUGUUACUGUUACUGUUACCAUUAUCGUCACUAUUACGUCAAUAUCACCGUUACCAUCACCGUCAUUGUUAUCAUUACCGUCACCGUAA